AUGGCUAAAUAUUUAUCAAAAUUAAGAAUUGUUUCUCCUAACCUUUAAAGAACCUAAACUUCUUAAUCUUCUUUGACUAAAAUAUUAAUUAAUUACUUUUAGUUUCUAGCAAUUGUUAACAGUCUAAACAUAAAAUUGCCAACUUAUUUUACGUUUUUUAACUUAAGUGGAGGAGAUACCUCUUAAAUUACAAUCUAUUCAAUUGAUUGUUUACUAUUUUCUAAAAAUUUAGCAGUUCCAAAUUAUAUAGUCCGCUUGUUAUGGAUCAACUUUUAACCAAUUGCCUUAUUUAUAAUUAUUUAGCUUAUAAACUAUAUUUUCUAAAAAAAUAAUUCUCACUCUUCGAGUUAGGCUGUUUACACAAACAUGAUUAAUAUAUACUUAUUUUUUAAGCCUUGUGUUGUUAAAGUUAUAACCUAAUCUCUAUCAUGCUAGGAUAUUGGUUUAUAAUCUUACAUAUCUUCUGAUUUAAAUUAUACAUGCUUAGACAGAGAGCAUAGGAAGUACAUAUACACCUGUAUUUUACCUUUAGGAUUAAUUUGGAUAGUUUUAAUUCCUCUCUUUUUAUUUGCAAGAAUAAGAAAUUAUAAAUAAAAAAUGCAUACCAUUAAAACACUCUUCAGAUACAGUUAUCUAUAUCAAUUAUUUUUAUUAAAUAAAAACAAAUAUAAUAUCUUAAGUAAUUUAAAUAAAAGAUUUAAAAAAUCUAAAUAAAUCAACUACUUUAUUUUAAUUAAUCCUUUUUUAAUAUUUUAUUUUAAAGGAAUAUGUGGAUGA